ACCAUGUACAACCAGUGCUGGUCACCAGGUAGCGCUGUGGCUCCCUCCAGGACGCCAGGGUCCCUCCACCACCGGUCUGAGGCUGGCAGGCCCCGCCCUGCUACUAUUCCAUGUGGGCGUUCCACCAGUCCUUCAGUGCUAGUUGACCCCUCCCCCCUGAGACCUUAGGACCUGGGUGAUCCCGUGGCCUUUCAUCCUCUGGAUUCUGUAGAACUGAACCUGCCCCUCACCAAGGCUGUCCUGCCGAUCCUCCAGGUUGUCCUGUCCAGGAUGGUGUCGUGGAUGGAACUAGGGGGCUCAGCCUUUGAAAUGCUAGGCACGGUGGCUGCAGCCUGGUGGCUUCUGCGGGUAGCCUGGUGGCUGGGCCAUGCCCUGCUCGUCUAUGGGCUGCCCCAGGUUGGCCUGGGCCUUGGCAUUUCUCUCAGGAAGCAAGGGGCCUGGGCAGUGGUAACCGGGGCCACAAGUGGAAUCGGCAGGAGCUAUGCUCAUGAGCUGGCCCGAAGAGGCCUCAACGUUGUACUGGUCAGCCGAGAUCUAGACAAGUUACGUCGGGAGGCAGAGGACAUUGAGAGACUCCAUGGUAAGGAAACAAGAGUCAUCCAAGUGGACUUCACUGGAAGCUUAGAGGUCUAUGAGAUAGUUGAGAGAGCCUUGGAGGGCCUAGAGAUCGGCAUUCUAGUCAACAAUGUGGGUGUAGCUCCCAAGAUAAUCCCCCAGAAGCUGAUGGAUUUGAAGAAUGCAGGCAAGAGCUUCCUAGAAAUGAUGAAUUGUAACAUGCUGUCAAUGAUUCAG